AUGUCCACCUCACCAAACACCUUUGUAUCUCACUAUCACAGAAACACCACUCCCAGUGACACACCGUUUGAUCCCACCCUUGAUAGGCACCUUGUGCAGGCUGUGAAUGCCAUUGUGAGAGAAUUGGGCACAGCUGCAAGGAACCAGUAUGGUGCAGCCUCUCAGGGCCUUCAACUCAUCAAUAUGCUCAAUUUGAUGGAAGUCAUUCAUUAUCUGCAUUCCACCUUUGAAAAUUGUCCCAAGCCAUUCAUUGCCAGCCAAUCACACCCAUCUCACCAGUCUGUGGUAGAGAUGAGUAUCCUCUACUUGGCAUGCUGGAUUGAGGUGGCCUCUGUACAUCUGAAGCAGACUGCCAAUAUUGUGGGAUGGCCUGUGCAUUGGUUUGCAAACCUAGCAAUGGACUUGAAUCAGCUUAAUAGCUUGAUUCUGGUGACAGUGUUGCAUGCCAGUUAUACUCCUCCCCUCCCAGCAUGCUACCAUGUGUACCUCAGACACCAAGAUGAUGAGCUAAUUCCCCUUAGCGCAUUUAGCAUAAUUGACAAUAUCAGCACCAUCAUCCUGCAUUGGACCCCACAUGCAGCAGAUUCCCAAAGAUUGCAAGGCAAGGGAUUGUUUUCCAUGGCCUGGGAUUUUUUUAAGUUGAUGAUGGCCCAGGGCUUAUGGCCAUUGCCUGAGGCACCAAUUGCAGACCAUCUUGAUGGCCAUAUUGAGGAGCAGGUAAACUACUGCAUUGAAAAUAUUUGGAAAUAUGCUGAUGUUGUCAAUGGUUGGGGUCGACAAAUUGACCAUUUCUAUGCUAGGUGGUGGGCAUUGCAUGGGUUGUUGGGCAUGCUGCUUCAAUAG